UUGACAUGGCCACCAGUGACAUUAUAUAACCACGCAAUACGUUCUAAGACAGCGUUUGACACUGGCUGACUGAGCGGUAGAAAUGGCGUCGAAACGUCCCUUUACUGAAGAGGACUUUACGUGUCCUGUUUGCUGUGACAUUUUCAGUAAGCCCGUGUUGCUUCGGUGUGGCCACAGUGUGUGUAGAGACUGUAUCCAACAAUACUGGACGAUCAAAGGUUCAAGAGAAUGUCCGCUGUGCCGAAAAAGAUCCACCAAGGACCCUCCGGUAAACUUGGCUCUGAAAAACUUGAGUCUGGCUUUCCUGAAUUACCGGGGCACACCAACACAGAAAUCACGCGUGCAGUCCUAUCAGUGAGAUCGCGGAGGAACGUAAGAAAGUUUUUCGCAGUGAACUUGAUCUCUUGACUAGAAAAAUGAAAAUUCUAGAACAUGCCUAAUUUGAAUGCAGUCACCAGGCUGAGCACAUAUGUCACCAGGUCUGUCACACAGAGAACUCCCAUCAAAAAGGACUUUAAGCAUCUUCACCAGCUUUUAUAUGAUAAAGAAAAAGCCAUGCUGGCUGCACUGAGGAAGGAAAAGAACCAGAAAACACAGCUCAUGAAAAGCAAAAUGGAAAAGAUUAAUGAAGAAUUAUUUUCUCUGCCAAAAACUAUCAAAGAACUGAGAGACAAAUUGGAUAGUGGGGACGUCCAGUUUCUUCAGAGCUUCAAGGACAUGUUGGAGAGAGCCCAGAACAUGAACCAAGAAACAGAAACAGUUCGAGGAGGGCUUAUUGAUACCGCACAAUACCUGGGCAAUUUGAAGUUCACAGUGUGGUCGAAAAUAAGAGAGUCUAUCAGUUACACCCCUGUGGUGCUCAACCCAAACACCGCUAACUCUCAGCUUAUACUCUCUGAAGAUCUGACAUGUGUGAGGGACCGAGAUGAGCAAGAAGAGGAUGACAUAGUUGGAGUGCAGCUUCCUGAUAUCCUGGAGAGGUUUGAUAGGUGUCCCUGUGUUCUGGGCUCUGUGGGCUAUUCCUCAGGGACACACAUAUGGGAUGUGGAUGUGGGAGACAUCACUUUCUGGAUUCUGGGUGUCACUACAGAGUCUGCCUAGAGAAAAGGAACCAACAGCUUGCCCAGUGAGGUCUGGUGCAUUGGCUAUGACAGCAACACACUCAGUUUGAAGGCUCUUCGGGAGUCAUGCAUCUCUCUCAUUUGGUGUGAGAAACCAAAGCAAGUGAGAGUGAGACUCGAUUUAGAAAGGACAGAUUUCAUUUUCAGAUCCUCUCGGCAAAACACACUAUCACACAUUCACAACCAGAUACACAGAGAAGUUCUUUCCAUUCUUUCCACUCUAAUUAAAAGAGAUAUAAAGUCUGUUUAGAAGCUUUUGUAGGUUUGGCAUGAUGACUUUCUUGUGUCAGUUUGCAGUGUUUCUUGUCUACUUUGCCGGUGGAAGAAAAUUUGUAAGGUUAUAGAAAAACAGUGCAAAGUGACUGGUGAUUUAUCUUCUUGAACUUUGAUUCUGUGUUCUUGAAGCUUUUUGCAGGGU